AGCUGCAGCGGGGAGCGCGUGAGGCGACACUGUAGCGAGACGCCAUGUCUGGCCGUGGCAAGAGCGGCGGUAAGGCCCGGGCUAAGGCCAAGUCUCGCUCGUCCCGGGCUGGGCUGCAGUUCCCUGUCGGGCGCGUGCACCGGCUGCUGCGGCGCGGGCACUACGCGGAGCGGGUGGGCGCCGGCGCGCCCGUGUACCUGGCUGCCGUGCUGGAGUACCUGACGGCUGAGAUUCUGGAGCUGGCGGGCAACGCGGCCCGCGACAACAAGAAGACGCGCAUCAUCCCCCGUCACCUGCAGCUGGCGGUGCGCAACGACGAGGAGCUCAAUAAGCUGCUGGGCGGUGUCACCAUCGCGCAGGGCGGCGUGCUGCCCAACAUCCAGGCUGUGCUGCUGCCCAAGAAGACGGGCGGCGGCGGCGCGGGCCCUGCCAAGGCCGGCAAGAAGGGCGGCGGCCAGCAAUCGCAGGAGUACUAGGGCGGGCGGCCGAGCCCCACCGACGCCACACAAAGGCCCUUUUCAGGGCCACCCACAUUGCUCAGCGGGAGAGCUGCGAUCCGCGGGGAGAAAGGGGCGCCUCUGUGGCCGCGGCAGUGCCUGGAGGCGGUGUGGGACACCGCCCGGCGGCCUGCGGCGCCCUCCCGGCCGCCGGGGGCGCCGCGGGGCUCGCUGCGCUCGCCCCACCUACCGCCUCUGCCUGGAGCCCCGCGGGAGCGAGGCCCGAGCACUCUGCCUGCCUGGCCUCUGCGCGGGGGUGGGGGGGAGUGGGGGCCCCUGGCAAUAACGAAGUGAAACUCUUACACCCGCUCCCCGCCACUCCCCUACAAUUAAAUACACUGUAAAUACAAGCGGUGCUCCUUGAAGCCACUUGCAUCCUUUAAGUUAACUGUAUUUAUUGGCUGUUACAUUUACUGGGCUUUGCCAAGAGAAUAAACAAUGCUU